UAUAGGCCAUGCGUGCGGCCGCGCACCACGGCCGCAUACCAGUCAGUACACCACUCGGACGGCGCACGCACCGCAGCUCCAGCGGCAGCGCCGCCGCACGCCGUGACCGCAGGUCUCUCCUUCUCAGGCCUUCUCCUGAUCUCCUCUCGAGUCUCGCCGCUCGACUCGGCCGCGCGCCGAUGGCCCUGCUGCGGGAGCACCUCGACCUCAUCCGCGCGCACCUCCUCGACGACCGCCACGACCACGACGCCGCCGCCAGCUCCGAGGACCACUCGGCGUCGUCGCCCUCGCCCUCGCCGCCCGCUGGGCGGAGGCCACUGCCGGCGCUCUCCGUCGCGCUGCCCCCGCGGCCAGCGCUCGCCCUGCAGCAGCUGUGGGCGGCGCCGCCGCCGCAGAUCAUUCACCAGCAGGAGCAGAGCUACUACUACUGCCCGGAAGCCGAGGAGGAUGACUUCCGGCGGUACCGCGGCGUGCGGCAGCGGCCGUGGGGCAAGUACGCGGCGGAGAUCCGGGACCCGGCGCGGAAGGGCGCGCGCGUGUGGCUGGGCACCUACGACACCGCCGUGGAGGCCGCGCGCGCCUACGACCGCGCCGCGUUCCGCCUGCGCGGCUCCAAGGCCAUCCUCAACUUUCCCAACGAGGUCGCCUUCGGCACCGCCGCGCGGUGGGGGCCGCCGCCUCCUCCUGCUGCCGCCCCCCGCUAUCCCGCCGCCGCCGGUAAUAACAAGAGGGCGAGGUCGCCGGAGCGGGGGCCGCAAGAACAGGGCGCCGGGUGCAUGGUCAUCAGGGAGGUGAAGCGGGAGCGGGUGCAGGAGCCUGCCGGGAGUUGCGGUUGGGACGGCGUGGCCACGGCGCCGACGGCGGCGAGCGGAGGCGCGGACUUCUGGGAGGAGGAGGAGCUGCUCAAGGGGGCGAUCUGCAGCCUGCCGCCGCUCUGAUGAGUUAUUAGUGUUAAUCCACUUUGAGGAGUUCUACCAUGAGUACAACUCCACCAAAUAUUCUUUCGUUCGUUGUCUAUUCAAGUAUCUUAGUCCAAACGACAAGUAAAUGUUCUUCGCAGAGGUGCAAGUCAAAUUAUGCAUGUGAAAUUAAGAUUCAUCACCAG